GGAGCAGUUGCCGAUCCGAGGGGCCGAAUUUGGCCAUGGAGCCAGUGGCGACCUGGACCCCCAGGAAGGUGGCGGCUUGGCUGAGAGAUGCUGAAAACUCUACACCAAGCCAACGAGUGAUUUGCUCAGGCUUUGGACUAGGGCCUGCCGGAGGUGUCUUUUCCCUCCCCCCACCCUGAGGCUCCCAGGGAGAGCAGAAGCCCAGGCCCAGCCCCUCCCGAGACCUCCAGGGAAGAUGAGCCCAGGCCUGGACGAUUCCCUGCAGGACUACUGUUUUGAGGACUGGGAGCUGCCUGGCAAGUACCUGCUCCAGCUUUGCCCCCGCAGCCUGGAGGCUCUAACCGUGUGUCCUCUGGGCCACCAGGAGAUCAUCCUGGAAGGGGUGGAACAGCUCCGGGCCCUGAGCGCGGGGCUACAGUCAGAGAACCUGCGGAGCCUGACAGAGGGGCUGCUGGAGGGAACCCGGGCAUUCCAGAGCUUGGUCCGAGGCCACUUGGGGGGCUGUGCAGAGCCCCCUGCAGAUGUCCUUGGUGCGGCCGUGCAGCUGGUACACGAGGCCCGUUCCCUCCUCUUCUGGCUCAACAGGUACCUCUUCUCCCACUUAAAUGACUUCUCAUCUUGCCAGGCGAUUGGGGAAUUAUGCGGGGAGCUGGGCCAGGCCUUGCAGGAGGACUGUCCACCGGCUGAGAAGGAAAGCAAAGUCCUGAGGAUUGUGAGUCGGGGGCUGAGUGGGCCACGGGGAUGGGGUGGGAUGGGACUCAGGCUGCCCUCCAUCCUGCCCUCCACCUGCCAGAGCAGCCACGUGGCCGAGAUCUGCUGCAACAUCCUGAGCUGCUGCCCGGAGGAGCUGCUGGAGCAGAAGGCUGUACUAAAGCGAGUGCCGCUGGACGAUCCUUCGGGCCUGGAAAUCCACACCACCAGCAGCUGCCUACACUUUGUGUCUCGAGUAGGCACCCAGGUCCCCACCGACCCCCAGCUGCAGGUCCUGCCUGGAGACGAGAUUGUCCAGGUCAACGAGCAGGUGGUGGUGGGCUGGCCCCACAAAAACGUGGUGAGGGAGCUGCUGCGGGAGCCGGACAGGGUCAGUUUAGUGCUGAAGAAGGUCCCGGUGCCGGAGACCCCACAACAGACCCCUCCUCGGCCCCUGGACUCACCAUGCCCAGUGAGCCCAUCACCGGCUCCAGCCUCCGUGUCUCCCAGGACCCCCUCUAAAGACAUCUUUGACUUCGACCUGUCUUCAAACCCAAGUCCUGGACCCAGCUCUCCUGCCUGGACAGACUCAACCUCCCUUGGCCCCGAGCCCCUGCCCAGCCCCCCUGCAACCCCAGCCACACACCUGGCAGAGGUGGCAGACACUCCGGAGCCCCCAGAACACCCUGAUAGGAGUCCUGUCCCUGGCUGCAGGAAAUCAAAAGGCGUGGCGACGCGCCGGCGGGUGUCGUGUCGGGAGCUGGGCCUGCCCGACUGUGAUGGCUGGCUCUUGCUCCGCAAGGUGCCCGGGGGCUUCAUGGGCCCGCGCUGGCGACGCUGCUGGUUCGUGCUCAAGGGACACACACUCUACUGGUACCGCCAGCCCCAGGAUGAGAAGGCCGAGGGCCUCAUCAAUGUCUCCAACUACAGUCUGGAAAGUGGACAAGAUCAGAAGAAAAAAUAUGUGUUCCAGCUCACCCACAACGUGUACAAACCCUUCAUCUUUGCUGCUGAUACCCUGACGGACCUGAGUAUGUGGGUACGUCAUCUCAUUACCUGCAUUUCCAAGUACCAGUCUCCAGGCCGGGCCUCCCUGCCCCGAGAGGAAGACUGCUACAGCGAGACGGAAGCCGAAGAUCCUGACGACGAGGCUGGAUCCUGCUCUGCCUCACCCAGCCCGGCCCAAGCUAGGAGUUCGCUCCAUGGAGAUCCAUUACCUGCAGCCACCCCGCAGGGCAGCCCGCGGACCUCCUUCAGUCCGGCGGCGGCAGACAGCAGCGAAGGGGCCCUCGAAAGAAUGGUCCGGGGGCUGAGGCUGGGUGGCGUGACCCUGCUGGGCCAGCAGCAGCCCCUCACUCAGGAGCAAUGGCGAAGCUCUUUCAUGCGGCGCAACCGAGACCCGCAGCUCAAUGAGCGAGUGCACCGUGUGCGCGCACUGCAGAGCACGCUCAAGGCAAAGCUGCAGGAGCUUCAGGCUCUGGAGGAAGUGCUGGGCGACCCCGAGCUCACCGGAGAGAAAUUCCGCCGGUGGAAGGAGCAGAACCAGGAGCUCUACUCGGAGGGCCUGGGGGCCUGGGGAGGGGAGCAGGCCGAGGGCGGCUCCCAAGUCCUGAACUCUGACCCCAAGGAACGGUCUUCCCACCCGCCACCCUCUGACCCCGAGGAGCACUCCCCUCUUUGCCCCCUGACUCCAGAGAGUGACCCCCGACCUCCUGACCUCUAACCUUGGCCAGUACCCUAAGUUUCCGACCUCCAGCCUUGAGGACCACCUCUGACACAUCUAGGACAGAGCAUCCCUGCAUGCUGUUCCGAGUUGGAGGUAGUGCUUGUCCGUGGUUCUGCCCCAAGCUGACUGCCUCUGCUCCACCUUUCGCCAUUUCUGCCCCUCUACCCGCCCUGGAAUGGGGUAAAGUGAAGUGAGCUGUGUGCCAAGGAAGGAGCUAGAGGCAGGGGUGCAAGAACUCUUUCUUACCUGUGCUCUACCUGUGCCCCCUCCGCCCCUCAGCACGUCUCCAUUCCCCAAGCCAGUCUGUACAGAAGUUCUUCAUUGAACCAGUAGAUACUUUUCAACUAAAUAAAGUCAGUUUCUUU